AUGGCUCUUUACUGCGGCGACAAUUUCGGCGUGUACUCGCAGCCCGGCCUGCCCCCUCCCAACGCCGCUGCCGCCCCGGGUGCCCCCACGGCGGCCAGGGCGCCCUACGGGCUCACCGACUAUGCCGCGCCGCCGGCCGCUGCCGCCAACCCCUACCUGUGGCUCAAUGGGCCGGGAGUGGGCGCGCCGUCCACCGCCACCGCCGCCGCGUACCUGAGCGCCCCGCCGCCGCCACCCCCCGGGGGUGCGGCCGGGCCCUUCCUGCAGCCGCCCACCGCAGCUGGCACCUUCGCCUGCGCGCAGAGGUCCUUCGCGCAAUCGGCGCCAGGCACGCCCGCCUCGCCCGCCGGGCCCGCUGCUCCCGGGGAGCUGGGCUGGCUCUCCAUGGCCAGCCGCGAGGACCUGAUGAAGAUGGUGCGGCCGCCCUAUUCGUACUCGGCGCUCAUCGCCAUGGCCAUCCAGAGUGCGCCCGAGCGCAAGCUCACGCUCAGCCACAUCUACCAGUUCGUCGCCGACAGCUUCCCGUUCUACCAGCGCAGCAAGGCCGGCUGGCAGAACUCUAUUCGUCACAACCUGUCGCUCAACGACUGUUUCAAGAAAGUGCCCCGUGACGAGGACGACCCAGGAAAGGGCAAUUACUGGACCCUGGAUCCCAACUGUGAAAAAAUGUUCGACAAUGGGAACUUCCGUCGGAAGAGAAAGCGCCGCUCUGAGGCCAGUAGCAGCUCCGCUGUGACCACGGGGACAUCUAAAUCAGAAGAAGGAUUGGGGUCUGGAGUGGGUGGGAAGCCGGAAGGAGACAGCCCCUCCUCUUUGCUGAGGCCAUCCCAGUCCCCAGAGCCUCCCGAGGGCGCCAAGAGUACUUCCUCCUCCCCUGGAGGGUCCAUGCUCAGCUCCGCCCCGUGCCUCAACACCUUCUUCAGUACCCUCAGCACCUUAAGCGUCAGCAGCAGUGGGAGCACCCAGCGCACCCUCCCUGGCAGCCGCCACCUAGGGCUUCAGGGGGCCCAGCUGCCUUCUAGCAGCACGUUCUCCCCCGGCUCCAUCUCAGAGGCCUCGCCAGACACAUUGCAGCUGAGUGCCACCAGCAACAGCACCAGCUCCGGCCAGAGAUCUUCCUAUUACAACCCUUUCCCUGCCAGCAACAGUGGGGGGCAAGGCGGUCACUUCAGCAGCCCUUUCUACAACUUCAGCAUGGUCAACAGCCUCAUCUACCCCCGGGAAGGCUCCGAGGUAUAG